AUGGAUGAAUUAGCAUCCAAACUCUCCCACCCAAAAAAGGCCCUUAAACACUUUGUCUAUGCGCCUUUUGUAAUGCAACUGCUCCGGUUCCUCCAGAGUUUGAGGCAAAUUCGUGGAAGUUUUGACAACAACUCUCGUGGUUUGGCUCAUAAUCUGUUUGAGAAUGUGUAA